AUGCCAGGGCUGAUUAACCGGACGACCUGCUCCCCGCUCCCUCUCACCGCCUCGGAGGUGACAUCAUGUGUCAGUGGCUAUGCCUUCGGGAUGACAGCCCUGCUCACCUACCGCAACCCAGAAGCCCAGGCUUUUGAAGGUCUCUUCGUCUACCCCUUGGAUGAGUGCACCACCGUCGUGGGGUUCGAGGCGGCCGUGUCCCGGCGUGCCGUGACGGUGCAGAUCAAAGACAAAGCCAAGAUAGAUGACACAUAUUUCAACGGCUGCAGCCUCCCUGGUGGAAGAGCUCGUGAUGGAAGCGGAAGGAUCAUGAUGGACGAGGACUUGGAGAGGAUUGUUUUUGUGGCUAACCUGGGCAUGAUUCCUCCCCUGGAAAACGUCUCCAUCUUCAUCAGCACCUCCUCUGAGCUGCAGACGCUUCCCAGCGGGGCCGUGAGGGUCCUUCUCCCGGCUGUGUGUGUCCCCAGGGUCCCCCAGGCCAGCCUGGAGAACACCAGCAGCCUUUCCAGCCACCAGCUCCGAACGGACAAGCAUUACUGUGGAUCGGGGAGCCCGGAGCAAGGGAGCAGGUUCUGCCUGGCUCAGCUGCUGGAGAGUGAGGCCACCAACCCCUUCGAGUAUGAUUUCAGCUUCCACCUGGAGAUCCGGGGGCCGUGCUUGCUGGCAGGUGUUGAGAGCCCUACGCACGAGAUCCGAGCGGACGCCGACCCCUCUGCUCGCUCCGCCAAGAGCAUCGUGAUCACACUGGCCAAUAAACACACCUUCGACAGACCCGUGGAGAUCUUGAUCCACCCAAGUGAGCCCCACAUGCCUCAUAUCUUAAUGGAAGAAGGUGAUAUGACACCUGCAGAGUAUGAACGACACCUGAAGGGGAAGAACGAUUUCAUUAAAGGCACUAAGAAAGACCCCAGCGCCGAGAAAAAGACAGAAAUCAUCAGGAAGCGGCUGAACAAGGACAUCCCCCACCACCCCGUCGUCAUGCUCAACUUCUGCCCUGACUUGAGGACCCUCCAGCCAGACCUCCAGAAAGCCCAAGGAGAGUUUAUCUUCCUCAUAGACCGCAGCAGAAGCAUGAGCGGGGUGAACAUCAACCGUGUCAAGCUCCGUGCUGCAGUACCCACCUCCUCUGAGCUGCAGACGCUUCCCAGCGGGGCCGUGAGGGUCCUUCUCCCGGCUGUGUGUGUCCCCAGGGUCCCCCAGGCCAGCCUGGAGAACACCAGCAGCCUUUCCAGCCACCAGCUCCGAACGGACAAGCAUUACUGUGGAUCGGGGAGCCCGGAGCAAGGGAGCAGGUUCUGCCUGGCUCAGCUGCUGGAGAGUGAGGCCACCAACCCCUUCGAGUAUGAUUUCAGCUUCCACCUGGAGAUCCGGGGGCCGUGCUUGCUGGCAGGUGUUGAGAGCCCUACGCACGAGAUCCGAGCGGACGCCGACCCCUCUGCUCGCUCCGCCAAGAGCAUCGUGAUCACACUGGCCAAUAAACACACCUUCGACAGACCCGUGGAGAUCUUGAUCCACCCAAGUGAGCCCCACAUGCCUCAUAUCUUAAUGGAAGAAGGUGAUAUGACACCUGCAGAGUAUGAACGACACCUGAAGGGGAAGAACGAUUUCAUUAAAGGCACAAAGAAAGACCCCAGCGCCGAGAAAAAGACAGAAAUCAUCAGGAAGCGGCUGAACAAGGACAUCCCCCACCACCCCGUCGUCAUGCUCAACUUCUGCCCUGACUUGAGGACCCUCCAGCCAGACCUCCAGAAAGCCCAAGGAGAGUUUAUCUUCCUCAUAGACCGCAGCAGAAGCAUGAGCGGGGUGAACAUCAACCGUGUCAAGGAUGCUCUGUUGGUCAUUCUCAAGAGCCUGAUGCCAGCGUGUCUCUUCAACGUCAUUGGGUUCGGAUCCACUUUCAAGACCCUUUUUCCUGCCAGUCGGACUUACUGCGAGGAGAGCUUGGCCAUCGCCUGCGAGAGCAUCAAGAGGAUCCGGGCCGACAUGGGUGGCACCAACAUCUUGUCACCUUUGAAGUGGGUCAUUCGGCAGCCCAUCCACAGGGGCCACCCCCGACUGCUCUUUCUGCUGACGGACGGGGCCAUCAGCAACACGGGGAAGGUCCUGGAGCUGCUACGAAACCACUCCUGCUCCACCAGGUGCUACAGCUUCGGCAUCGGGCCAAAUGCCUGCAGGAGACUGGUUGGGGGGCUGGCCACCGUGUCCAGGGGCAUCGCCGAGUUCCUGGCGGAGGGCGAGAGGCUGCAGCCCAAGAUGAUCAAGUCACUGAAGAAGGCGAUGGCGCCGGUCCUGAGUGACGUGUCCGUGGAGUGGGUCUUUCCCGAGAGCACCGAGGUCUUGGUUUCCCCUGUCAGCACCAGCUGCCUCUUCCCUGGUGACCGGCUGGUCGGCUACGGCAUCAUCUGUGACACCUCCCCCUACAUCUCCAACCCCAGAUCGGACAAGAGGCGACGUUACAGCAUGAUGCGGUCCCAGGAGUCGGGCAGCUCCGUUUUCUUUCACUCCCAGGAGGAGGGAGCAGGGGUGGAGAGCUGGAACCACUCCAGAGACUCGGAGGGCUGCUGCCCCACUGAGCGUGCCCCCGAUCACCUGGUGGUGGGCAGAGAUCCCGGGGGAGAAUCGGACACGGACACCGGAAUGGACGUGAAGGCUUCCUCCAGGAGACGAGCCUACAGCACCACCCAAAUCGCUGACCAUGAGCCUUGCAAGAAGGUGCCGACGGCCAGCGACCCCGGCACCGCGCUGGUGAAAAACCCCCUUCGGAAAACCCACCUGCAGGACCUGCAGCAGGUCAGCCCCGAGCCCUGGCAGGUGGAUUUCCAGCCCUUUGCAGCCAACUCCCUGGUCUCUGCCACAAGGAUCCGUGGUGCCGGCGCCCGGCGGCCGUCCCUGCUCCACCGGGGCUGCAUGUCCUUCUGCCACGACCCCGACUCCUCGCCGGUGAUGGAGGGGCUGCAGCAAGUGUCUCCAGGAAGGGGCUUGGGACCAUUUGAUGCCAGCACGAGCCUGCGGUCCUCCUCGGAUAGCCGGAGCCCCGGAGAUCUGGAGUCUGCCCAGCAUCCUUCCUUCACGUUUGAAACGGAGACCUCCUCUGACUGGGAGCCCCAGGACUUCGACUUCAGCGCCGCCCGCGGCUCCCCACACUCCCCCAGGACCUUCUGCAAGGCGGUGGUGAAAGGGCUAAGGAGCAACGAGCCCGUGCAGUGGGAAGUGGCCUUUGAUAUCCUCCCUCUCUUCCAAGAGCGGGAGAGCCAGGCGGACGGCGACGCAGACCUGUGGAGCGAGACCUUCCACCACCUGGCAGCCAAGUCGGUGAUCCGGGACUUUGAGCAGCUUGCUGAGAAGGAGUGUGAAAUCGAGCACGGGUCCGGGCGGCGGUACCAGGUCAAUGCUGUCCACACCAGCAAGGCCUGCAACGUCAUCAGCAAGUACACGGCGUUCAUGCCGGUGGACCUGAGCACCAACGCCUACCUGCCCACCGUGGUCGAGUACACCCACACGGGUAACACCUUGAUGGAGGGGCCAUGGCCGAACCUAACGCCAUGCCUGCUGCUCUUGGUGGCAAGAACCUCUUCCCCAUGGCCAGGCAAAAGGUCUACUCUUAGGUCUGGAUGCCCAGAGUUGACCAAACUCGUCAUUCUGUGGGUUUUGUUGCCAUCGUGUGUGUGCCAGUCCCUCUCUAAUGCUGGCAAUUCCUUUCUCUCAUGCCAAGGGGCAGCAUCCAAGCAAGACCGCCAGAGGAGCCUGAGCUCAGGAAACAGAAGACAUCGUGGUGUUUCCCCUGGACGUCCCCAGUCAGCUUGUGGUCAGAAUGGAGACGAUGGAUUUUACGGCAUGAAUGCAGAGGAGAGCAGCCUGUCGCCCUGCAGCACCCCUUCUUCCUCAGGCUGGGAGCGCUGCGGUCUCCCCGAAGGGCCGUUACAGAGCCUGUCUGCUACCUCUGCACAAGCCCAAAAAUCCAUCGAGAGCCUCUUUGCUGCAAGGCUGACCUUCAAUAAAACCAGGCUGCUGACUCGAGCCGCCAAAGGCUUCAUGAGUAAAUCUCCAACCAGAGUGAGCGAAGCCAGCUCCGAGGGUGACAAUGAGAACAUAGACUACCUUCCCCUGGCGUCUCUGCAGCUGGCCUGUGGUGCCUUUCUCAUGAACUUGGCCUUCUGCGACGCCGUCAACAUCCCCAUGGAGAAGCUGAAGUGGACAUCUCCUUUUGCCUGCCACCGCCUGGCCCUCAGCCCCUCCAGCUCCUACAGCACCAAGAAGACCAGUCCCUCCGGGGACCACAAAAGCCUCAGCUCUGGCCAGCAGCUCCUGGUUCCCGAUGGCACGCACGGGAAGAGUCCCACCAACAGAGACACUGCUCCGUGCGCGGUGCCGGAGCGGCCCAGCAGCCACAGGGACAGGGACGACGCUGGCCGUCUUCGCCACUUCUCGGGCAGCGCGGUGGAAAGCAUCUCCAAAGCCUUGAAAGCUGAGAAGGAGCUCUCCCCACCAGCCAUCACCAUCCGCCGCUUCUCCUCCCCAGAGAGCACGCAGGCCUCGGCCGAGCAGCAAGCUGACAGCGGCCGGGGCUCGGAGACGGAGAGCUCAGAGGUCCAGGCCUUACUCUUUGACAUCGAGUUGCAGCAGCAGACGGAGCCAGAGGGGAUGUUGUGGGCCACGGCGGUGGCCUUGGCCUGGUUGGAGCACAGCUCGGCUUCCUACUUCAUCGAGUGGGAGCUGGUGGCUGCCAAGGCCAGCCUGUGGCUGAGCCAACAGGACUUCCCCGAGGGAUACAGCCUGGCCACGGUGAAAGCCGCAGCCCAGCAGCUCUUCGUCCUGCUCCGGCACUGGGAUGAAAACCUGGAGUUCAACCUGCUGUGCUACAACCCAAGCAGCGUGUAAAAGAGGACGAGGAGAGAGGCUCGGGCAGCUUCCCCAAGGGCGCAGGAGCAGGGACACGUCCUCAAGGAAACUCCUCCAAGGAGCUCAGUUCCUCUGCUGCGGGGACAGUGCGUGUUUAUUAGAGCAAGCCCUGCCAAAGGGAAACAGCCCGGGCAAAAUCCUGUGCUCAGCAGUUGGUAUUUUGCCCCGGGAGGGUACCUACCAGCUGCCCGCAGUAGGAUGCUAUUUAUUUUUAACCAGAGCAGCACCUCCAGCUACAGCAGUUCUCUCUGAUCCUGGUUUCCUCUGGUUCCCAGCCCUGUUCCCAGAGCAGGUGGCCCCAGUGCCAGCUCAGUUUGCCCAGUCCUCGCUUGGCUCCCUCUUCCCAGCCCUGAAUCACUGCUGAGCCCUUGCUGCGAGCCAUGGGUCGCUGAUCUCCUGAGGUUCCUUCCUGGCUUUGGCCACCUCAGAUGUCUUUUGGCAAAGGUGAACAUCUAACCACGUGCUCAUCUCGUGGACCAAAGGAAAUCCAGGCUGGAACUGAUGGUCUGAAGGGCCAACCCCACUGUCACGACCAGGAGGAUGCUUUGCCUCGAGCCCAGUGAGGCACCAGGCCAGGCCAGUCAGAGGCUGGGAC